AGUUUUUCAUUCAAACACCAUAAAUAACAAAGAAACGUAUACAAAACGAAUAUUAAGUGCUUUCUAUAUACAUUCGUUGCAACUAGUAAAUAAAUUUACAACGAAUUAUUUCGAAUUAUUUAUUGAGAUUACGCUACAAAAAAUACAACGAACUUUAUUUUUGAGAACUCAACCGAUGGAUCGUUUUGUUACACGUUCUUCGUCCAUUAAGAAUUUAAAGAACCUCAAAUUAACAGCUGGGAUUACCAAAAGUACUACCAGUACUACUACUAAUGUUUACGUAGCCAAGUCGAAAACGCAGCCUUUACAAGAAAAAGGAUCUAAUAAUUUACCCAAAAACAAGCGCUGUGAUCCAGAGUUGUUGACCUUAGAGAACAAUUCUAAUAGUAAUGAUAGCGGUGUCAGUAGCGCAGUCAGUUUAGCAUCCGUGGCAAGCAAUAAUGGUGUUCAAGAGUUAAACAACGAAAUGCUCAAAAAAAACUACUUAGGGAAACUAGGCGACUAUUUGGAUUGUCCGGCCGAUAAAGAGAAUGAUACUACGUUAAUUAUAGCACCAAAUUCCAAAGCAAUGAAGUUAAAUCCUGUCAAAAGCGAUUAUUCCGUUGCCACGGUGCCAUUAAGAGAAGCGCCAAGAUCAGCAAGAAAACCGGAGAAGAUAUCUGUCAGUACGGAAAAGCAAACCCUAAAACAUAAUCCAUCUGUUAUGGCACGUAUUAGUCGAGACAUUAAUAGCCCUUCAGCCUCAGUUCGCAGCAGAGCUUUGAAAGGCUUAAAGCAUCCGACUUUACAUGGUUAUACUCAAUUUGAUGUGUGCGAUGAGGAACAAAGUUUUCAAAUACUCCAAGAAGAAGCCCCCAGUCUGGAAGAUGUAAUGCGUAAUGUAGUUGUCUAUGUGGAAGUGCGUACCAACGAGGAUAACCGCAGUGCUGGUGUCCGUAAAGUUAUUGAAAAUUUAGGUGCUCGCGUUAACCUAACCCUAUUGCGAGAUACAACUCAUGUGAUUUUUAAAGAUGGUCUUUUGUCUACGUACAAAAAAGCGAAAAUGUGGAAUAUACCAAUCGUGUCAAUUUUAUGGAUUGAAGCGUGUAGAACACAACAUCGUUUAUGUGAUCCAAAGGAUUAUCCUAUUUCGAAUAUAGAUCGUUAUGAAAAUCCCGAAUUGUAUGCGAAAAUUAAGCGUAUAAAGUAUAUGCAACCAGGUUCUGAAUGCAAUAAGCGUAUGCGCAAUCGUGCAGGCGGUACUCCCACUUCUUCUCCGAAAACACCAAAUCUUAAAAGGCAUUCUCUCUUGAUUGAUAGUACGACGCCUACCACUACCCAUAAACAAUAUAUUACUAAGAAACCAAUGGAUAUAUCACAAUACUUUAAACACGUCUACGAAGAAAAGCAAGCCUUCAUUAAUGGUUUCAACUCCCCGUCUACCCAAUUGUUAAAUAGGAUGCAAACCGAAGUAGCACUAUUAAACACUCCGACUCCAGAACAUGAUGCCCGUAGAUCUCUUUGUUUUGCUGGGAAUUCACCAGCAAAAGACAAAUUUACAAGUGCAGUUGCUAGCAAUAACAACACAGUGAAGCAAGCAGUGAAUAAAACGACGCUUACUCGUCGCGGCGGUGCGCUGUCGACGAUAUCCCAAAAAAAUGGUGGUGGUAAUGUAGAAGUGGACAUGGAUAUAAACGCGACAGAAGGUAUGUCCAUUUGCAAAACUCCCACACUUAGCGCAAAUAGACGACGCAGCUCAUUAUGCAUUGCUGAAGACAUGUCAAUAGCCGAUGGCGGCAUAGCAGUACCAGAGACAAACAAUUCGCCGCAUUUAAAUACGCCGAAGAAAGCGGGUAUUAAAAGACGAACGCUUUAUAGCAUAAAGGCCAUGGAACUAAGCAAUAUAAAAAAAAAUCGAAUUGAAGCUGUUGAUAGUUAUAUAAAUAACGAAGAAUUGUCUUGUGAAGACAAAGAAAAGCCAAAAAAAACUAGACGCACUUCAUAUAGCGCAUUAGCAAUGGAAAUUGAGGAAGAAAGUGAAAAGGGCAAAGAACACAUUAUGCAGGAAUCUAUAACUAGUGCUAGUAAUACCUUAUUUCGCGCAUUGUCUAGAGAAGGAAGUGAUGUUACUUUAACCCCCGCUAUGAGUGUCGCAGACAAUAACAACGCUGCAGUAGAAAAAUCCAAUCUCUUAACGAAGGUAGACAGUGGCAAGGGGACAAAGUCUCAAAGCAAGCAGCGAACACCCAAGAAACUUGUGGAUAUCAAAAUUACUGCACUAACACCGAUUAGCCCUGAUGUUACUGGAGGCAUAUGCGUAACGCCAUCCCGCAGUAAAACGUUGUGCAUGGCACAGCGGCCAGCAACAAUAGCAGCAGCCAUGGCCGCAACAACAACUUCUUGCUCAACACUUGUAACCUCUGAUACAGUAGAUGAAGAUUUCAAAACUUGCAUCACACCACCGGUGACAUUUAGUUCUAGCCGCCCACCGGGCAGACGCCGCACACUGUUUGACGUUUCAAUGGACAUUAUAAAUCAACGUGUACAAUUAAUUAAUGACAAGAAAGCCAGAUAUUCUGUCAACGCUGUUCAUGAAAAUGGAAUGGAAACUGCAAAUAACUUUUCUCCUAAUACCCCGGCUGAGCGGAAAACGAAUAACCCAAACACGCCAGAAGAAUUGCCCACAGAAAUAGGUAAUGAAGUUACUAGGACUCCCACAAAUGCUUCUCCCACUGGCAUGGGUAAUAGUGUAUUGCAUAUCAAAAGGAAGCGUAAACUGUUUCCACCUAUUGAUUCACUAGCGUCAAGAACAUCUCCCUUCAAAGAAAUAUUAUUAACCCCAUCCAAAGGUAUUACUAGUAGUAGCAAGAUGACUGAAAAAUCUUUUGCAAGACAUUCAUUAAUAGCUAAGUCCAGCGGUAUGAAAACUAAACGCCGUUGCUCUUUAAUGCCCAUCUCAUUAUCACAGCCAGAAACUGGCAAUAAUAAGCAGACAAAAGAGAAAUUUUUAAAAUCACGUCGCAGCACGAUGGAAUUUGAGCCUUCGAAAAGAAAUGGGAAAAAAUCGGAAACUUUUUUGCCCGCCUCUGAGAAUUGUAAAACCAUUGAUGUAAUUCGUAUUAAAAAGGUUGAAAGCAAAACUCAAAAGCUCAAAUCAAAGAAAAAAUUACCAACUAUGGUCCACACAAAUAUGCGCAAAUCUGAAGUUAAUGUUAUACGUGAGACCGUUAGCCAAUUGGGUGGUUUCAUAUUGGGGGAUAUGGUCAACGAUGACACCACCCACUUGAUAACGUACGAAUCGCGACGUACAUUAAAUUUAUUAAGAGCUAUGGCCCGUGGUUUAUGGAUAGUUGAGUAUAACUGGAUUGUGGAAUCAUCAAAAGUCGGUCGUUGGCUUCCCGAGGAACCAUUUGAAGUGCAUGAUUUUUCAAGGGCCAUAGAGAUUUGCCGUUCGGAAAAACAAGCUUUCGGUGACUUUUAUAAAUGCGAACUUUUCCGCAAUGUCGGAUCAAUUUACGUGAGUAGUCGUUGUUCGCCGGUUUCCAAGGAGAACAUAAAAGAAUUGAUUACAAUAUGCGGCGGUAAGGUAAGCGGUUCGCGUUCGAAAGCCCGUUACAUUAUCGGCAGUCCGGCCUGUAAUUUUGGUGAAAUUCCGCCAAAAGAAUUGCUACAGCAGCAGCAAAACGGUGAAAAGUGUUACGUAUCACCAUUCUGGAUUUUGGAUAGUAUUACGGAAAUGCAAGUUUUAAAAUUGCAGAAGUACGCCUUUAAACCGUAAUGCGCAAUAAUACCUAGGCAAAUGAUUUAUCUUUGAAGCCUUUUGUUAUUAUUUUUAAUGUCUCUUUAUCAUAUAUUUAUUUAUACAUUUAAUAAUUUUCUCUCAAUAAAGUGCAUUUUUAUAAUCGGGAGGACAAUGUGCAAGGUAAGGGAAAUCCACUGCAAAAACGAGCUUCGUAACUCUGAUAUGGAUUUUUUUUUUUAUUUUAAUUACCAAACCUUUACAGAAAGCAAACAUACUCCAGGUUUAUAAAAUAAUUUGUUAAAUUUGGAGCGCAAAUAGUAAUUACUAAAGAAUAGUAUGUCGUGAUAAGAUAACUAUAGCUCGGGUGUGGCUCAGGACUGUCCAGAGGUCCAUUUCAAGACGUUUUUUAUGAAAGUUAAAAGAAUCUUCGCAUUUUUGGUUACGGCAUGUAGUUUUAUAUAUUUUACGGUGUUAUUUCAGAAGACUGACUGAGGAGAUUAGGGGAUUUGCGGCUUGUGGUAAUUAUGUUGCAUCAGAGGAAAUAUAACGUGUGAAUAUAACAAAUCAAAAUUAGAGUAUAGCUGACAAUAUGAAUAUAUAUAUAUAUAUUCAGGUUCAAGCGUAAGGAGUGAGUUCAAUGGAGUAUACGCAUACACAUAAAGUGUAGAUAAGUGUAGUCUUUGGGGGCGGUAAGGAAGGGCUGCUUCCUUACAUCCUCUCCUCACGUCGGAAAUGGACAAGUACCUGGCUUAUUCCUAGCCUGGCUCUCAAAAUUAGAUGCCAUGUUUCACGUCAUUGUAUAAAAAACACCCACGAUUUCCUGUGUCCGAAAAUUCGGCUGUUGGUAGAUGUCGUAUUCUUUAGGCCAUGCUUGCCAUUUUGGAUCAUUAUGUCGUGGUGGGAACUGUUCUGCACUGUGCAGUGCAGAAGAUUCGGGACGGUGGGUAGUACGCUCGUAGCUGGCUGCGCUAUCAUUCAUGAACAUGUCCCCAAAUUGGGAACUACCCCGACCAUUGAAGCCACAGUCGCCUGGAGACAUAUCUCCCACCACACUACAGUCCCAACAGAGUAGUAUUUCUAUCCCUUUUGGUAUUUCUAUCCGAGACAGACACUGCACCGUCAGGUCUUAUUUUUCGGUUGUGGACGGUUUGUUGAUUGAUUGUGACGCAUUGAGUUUUGCAUUCGCAAGGCGUAUGAUUUGAACGCUGCACUUUUCCUCUGAG